UGUGUAAGUCUGUAACCACACGUUUCUCUGUUGUGAAGUAACCGUUACAACUUCUGACGGCCGAUUUCACGAUAACUCUAAUAACUCCAACAAUUUCUCACCCCAAGGGCCCAAACCAUUCACUCCGUCAUCAUCCUCAAACUCUCCGUCACCCCAAUCCUAACGUCGUCGUCCCUAACCCUAACUCUAAUGGCUUCCCAAGACUUUCCUCUACUCUCCGAUCCCCACGCGCCCACGCGCCUCUCGCAAUCAGCGGCCGAGUCUCCCGUCCCUACCAACACCGAGUUCUACGCCCAUCCUCCUCUCCUAACCGCCACCGCCGAAGAUUCCGAGCCGGAGAGAUCUGGAUCUGCAUCUGCAUCCGGAUCGAAACGAAACCCGUACUAUUACAAGAAGCAAAAGACUGGAAAUAAUAGCAACAACGAAGCGGGGUCGGAUUAUCGUGUGGAUUAUAGAAAGGACAGAGAGGAAUGGAGCGAUACGGCGAUCGCGUGUCUGUUGGACGCGUAUACGGAGAAGUUCAACCAGCUGAACAGGGGGAAUCUACGUGGCAGGGACUGGGAGGAGGUGGCGGAGGCUGUGACCGAGAGAUGCGGCGGCGGAGGUUACGGCGGAGAAAGUGGUGGUUCUGAGAAACAGCACAAGGCGUGGAAGAGUGUGGAGCAGUGUAAGAAUAAGAUAGAUAAUUUGAAGAAGAGGUACAAAGUAGAACUGCAGAGAAUGAAUAAUAGUGGGAGUGUAACUAGUAGUUGGCAUUGGUUCAAGCAAAUGGAAGUGAUUGUGGGGAGUAAUAAUAGCAGUAAUUUAUUGAGCAAGAGUGGUGGUGGUAGUGGUGAUGUUGGGAUGGUGGAGAGAAAUGGUGGCAUUGGCGAUGAAACUAUUACUCCAUCGAUCAAACAAUCGAAGAGAUAUAAUACUCCUGGCAGUGUCAAUAUCACGAAUAACCUGAAGCCGAAACCACAACAAAGUCUUAAAUGGCGGAGGGUAGUGUUUAAAAUCAGUGGUUCUGCAUUUGCUGGGAACCACCAAAAUAUUGACCCCAAGGUGGUGACGCAGAUUGCUGGAGAAGUAGCUACAGCUUGUCGUCUUGGGGUGGAGGUGGCAAUUGUUGUUGGAGGUCGUAACUUCUUUUGCGGGGACUCAUGGGUAUCUGCUACUGCCUUAGAUAGACCCACAGCAUACCAAGUUGGUAUGAUGGCAACAGUUAUGAAUGCUGUGUUGCUUCAAUCAGCUUUGGAGAAGACGUAUAUUCAGACACGUGUGCAAAGUGCAAUUGAAUUGCCCGAGGUUGCUGAACCCUAUUGCAGGCAACGGGCCAUCCGACAUCUUGAGAAAGGAAGAGUUGUCAUAUUUGGUGGUGUUGGUGCUGGCAGUGGAAAUCCACUCUUUACUACCGAUACAGCCGCAGCUCUGAGAGCUUCUGAAAUUAAUGCAGAAGCAGUUGUGAAAGGUACAAAUGUUGAUUCCUUGUAUGAUAGCCAUUCUGGUAAUGGCAAUGUACCUCUGCAACACUUAUCCUACAGGGAGGCACUGUCCGGAAACUUUACCUCCAUGGACACAAUGGCUGUUACAUACUGUGAAGAGAACAGAAUUCCUGUGGUAGUGUUUAAUUUACUCGAGUCUGGGAAUAUUUCAAGAGCACUAAGUGGAGAUCCAGUGGGAACUUUGAUUGACCAAACAGGAAGGAUGGGUUGAUGCAGAUGGAACCAUGUUGUCUUUUAGAUGCUUGAAGCCGGGUGUUAAUAAUCUAGUGCUAAAUGAGAACACUGUUUCUGGAUUAUGUAAUGCAUCGAUUUAGAGCCAGUCACUUUGUACAAAUGAGAAGUUGGGAAACCUUGUAUCCAAUGUAUGAUAAAUUAGAAUAGAAAAGUAGCCGAAUAACUACUCUAGGAUUGCCUGGAAAAUUAUUAUUAGUGGAAUAGAAUUCAUAUUCAUAUUCUCA